GCCUCAGUCGAGGGAUCAGGCUGCGGGGCGCCUGGCCCACGUGGUGCGGAGGGUGGGGCGGGGUCCACAGGCUUGUUUGGAUUAGGGGCGGGCCAUACAAACCCCGCCUCGGGGAGGACGCGCCUGCCAACCCGGACCGGGAGGGGCGGGGUUUCGGCGGUGGCUUAAAGAAACUUGUUGCGGGUCCCAGAACUGAGAUUGAGCUGCAGCGGCGGUGGAGCGGCUGCUGGGCCCCUGCGGUGAGGACAAAGAUUGGGUCCUGCGUGGCAACCUUGGAUUUCAGAGUGUCCGUCCACAGAGUGACCGGGCGCGACCCCUGCGUCCAUCCCCACUGAGCGCCUCUACGCGCGUGGCCCCGAUGUUGGACAUGAGUGAGGCCCGCGCCCAGCCGCCCUGCAGCCCGUCUGGCACCGCUAGCUCCAUGUCACACGUGGAGGAUUCAGACUCCGACGCGCCACCGUCGCCCGCGGGAUCAGAGGGCCUGGGCCGCGCGGGGGGCGGCAGCCGAGGGGAUACUUCUGAGGCAGCAGACGAACGCUUCCCAGCCUGCAUCCGUGAUGCCGUGUCGCAGGUGCUUAAGGGCUAUGACUGGAGUCUGGUGCCUAUGCCGGUGCGCGGCGGCGGUGGCGGCACGCUCAAGGCCAAGCCGCACGUGAAGCGACCCAUGAAUGCCUUCAUGGUGUGGGCACAGGCUGCGCGCCGCAAGCUGGCGGACCAGUAUCCGCAUCUCCAUAACGCAGAGCUCAGCAAGACCCUGGGCAAGCUGUGGCGCUUGCUGAGUGAAAGCGAGAAGCGGCCAUUCGUGGAGGAGGCCGAGAGGCUCCGUGUGCAGCACAAGAAAGACCACCCAGAUUACAAAUACCAGCCGAGGCGAAGGAAGAGUGUGAAGACCGGCCGGAGCGACUCAGACUCUGGUACUGAACUGGGCCACCACCCUGGUGGUCCCAUGUACAAAGCUGAUGCAGUGCUUGGCGAUGCACACCACCACAGCGACCACACAGGCCAGACCCAUGGGCCACCCACCCCACCCACCACCCCCAAGACGGACCUUCACCAGGGCAGCAAUGGAAGCAAGCAAGAGCUAAGGCUGGAAGGGCGCCGCCUGGUGGACAGUGGGCGCCAGAACAUCGACUUCAGCAAUGUGGACAUCUCUGAGCUCAGCAGCGAGGUUAUCAGUAACAUGGAUACCUUCGAUGUCCACGAGUUUGACCAGUACUUGCCCCUCAAUGGCCACUCAGCCAUGCCCACAGAGCCCAGCCAGGCCACUGCCUCUGGCUCCUAUGGAGGCGCUUCCUACUCCCACUCCGGGGCGACUGGCAUAGGGGCAUCCCCUGUGUGGGCCCACAAGGGAGCUCCCUCGGCCUCAGCCUCGCCCACAGAGGCAGGACCCCUUCGGCCACAUAUCAAGACGGAGCAGCUGAGUCCCAGCCACUACAACGACCAGUCACACGGCUCGCCUGGCCGUGCUGACUAUGGCUCCUACAGUGCCCAGGCCAGUGUCACCACAGCUGCCUCUGCCACAGCUGCCAGCUCCUUCGCCAGCGCACAGUGUGACUACACUGACCUGCAGGCUUCCAACUACUACAGCCCCUACCCUGGCUACCCUCCCAGCCUCUACCAAUACCCUUACUUCCAUUCAUCCCGCCGGCCCUAUGCCUCGCCACUGCUCAACGGGCUCUCCAUGCCGCCAGCACACAGUCCCAGCAGCAACUGGGACCAGCCUGUGUACACCACCCUGACCCGGCCCUGAGGCUGCUGCAUCCCGGAGGACUCCGUGUCCACGAAGUAUAGCCAGGUCUUUGAGUUCUUCCAGAAGUGUACUCAGUUAGAGGGUGGAGGCAGCCAGCACGGCCUCACUUCUUCAAGUGCCUGCUGAAUGUGCAGGAAGCCAGGCUUUGUCACCUUGUGUCCCUUUGCCUCUGGAUAUCCAAACUUCUGCCAGGGGACAGAGCUCUCUUUUCCCCCUUUUCUCUCUCUGAGGUGACCGGUAAUUUCUGAAACAGCCAUUCUGUUGCUCUCCAGUUUGGAUAAAGUUCACACCAGCUCCCGGAGGUUUGCAUCUCAGUAGAUAAGAAGAUAGCCACACCUAAGGACAAAGGAGAGAAGGGACUUCAGGUCUUUACCAGGCUAGCCAAGAACUCCCCGGGACCAAGGGAUGCUGUCUCCCUGGUGAAAGCAUGAAAGCACAUCUGUGGAUGCUCGAGGAUACAUCCACCCGGGCAUCUCUUGGGACCGAUGUGAGAUGGAGGGGUUUCACAUUAACCACGGUUCUUCCCAGCAAGGUUUGGCUGAGACGAACACUUUCCGUGUUUAUUUUUAUUUUUUGUUAUUUUUAUUUUAAGGCUUAAACAUGUUUGUUUUGAGAGGUGUUGAAGACGUAUUUAUGUUGUUAUUAUUUUAUCUUUAAUUAAUGAAGUAAUUUGUGCAGACAAAAUUAAAGUCGGGAAGCUCGUUCUGUAAAGGGCAGGAGGGAGGUGGCUCAGCACCCUGCAGCAUCUCUUUGGAUGUCCCUGGAGGCCUUCACCAGGCACAGGAGGAAGUGAUUGACCUCUUGAGGUCUGGUUACAACAAAAAGCCCAGCACCAAUGUUGGGUCAGGCAUUGGAAGGCAGGAGUAUCAUCUCUGCCCUCGGUGGUGCCAAGCAGUAGAAGACAGAAUUUCCUGCAAGCUGGCAGCUGCAGAACCACAAUAAUCUUGGCUCGUUGGCACCAGACGCUACUUACCGAGCUGUGGAAGGAGAGCCUCCCCACUAACCUGCCUAGGUUCCUAGUUAGAGAGUAACAUCUGCUUCACUCUGCAUCGCUGUGUGCUGAGUGUGUAACAGGCUACUUCAUGGAAACUUGUGCCUUGGAGACUUUGUAUAUUUACUCAUAUUUGAGAAGUUUUGCUUCUUUUUAAUUUUUUCUACUUUUCCUACCUUUUUUUAGAGGGAAAAAAAUCCUGUCUUUUUUUUUCUUUUUCUCUCAGCAUAUCUCAUUCCGGGGGUGGGGGUGGGAGCCACAGCAAACUCGUUUUUAUGCAGUCUCUUUUUUCUUUUCUUUUUUUCUUUUUGGCGUUGAAUUCAGAAAGACGUUUGCUGUCCUUUACCUGCUGUGUUUCGUUACUUUCUGACCAGGCAAUGCUAACUUUUGUACAGAUCAAUUUGAUAAAAUUUAAAAAAAAAUGCUUUUUAUCUACUUGGA